AUGUCUAUAGUGGCUUCAGUGGUGUCUUAUUCGCUUUGUUCAGGUAGUUUGGUGUUAAUGAACAAACUGAUACUGCACCGUCUGCCCUACCCAAGCUUGGUGAUAACAUUCCAGUUGGUGGCAGCUUUGAGUUUCAUCAAAACUGCAGAAGCGGGAGGUUUUAUCCAAGUGGAUCCCUUGAAAUGGGAAUAUGUGGUUCCUUACCUGUACUACAUUGUGGCCUUUGCCCUGGCAGCAUACUGCAAUAUGCGGUCUCUAAGUGUUUCAAACGUUGAAACUGUCAUUGUCUUUAGAGCACUCUCGCCCUGUGUCGUGGCCUUCUUGGAAGCAUUCUAUCUGGGCAGAGAAUACCCAAACAAACGAGGAUGGGCGGGAAUUGCUCUCAUCGUUAUGGGCGCUUAUGGGUAUGCUAGCUAUGAUCAGGAAGUCAAAACACAGGGAUUGACUGCAUACUUUUGGCCUCUUUGCUACUUGGCUGUCAUUUCUUUUGUUAUGACAUAUGGCAAAAAAGUUAUCCAAAGUGUCGAUUUGAAAACUCAAAGUGGGCCUGUCUUAUACACCAAUCUACUAAGCAUUUUUCCAAUGCUCAUGUUUGCAAGCAUUGACAACGAAUUCAGCAAAUUCAACACUGAGAUCCUUGCCAACAAGGAAUAUGAAAUACCUGAGGGAACCACUGCCCUCAUGCUCAUGGGAUGUGUUGUGGGAAUUGGAAUUGGAUACAGCAGUUGGUGGUGCCGGGAUCAGGUUUCCGCUACCAGUUUCACCAUUAUCGGGGUCAUGAACAAAUGCCUCACAAUACUCAUGAAUUUCAUGGUUUGGAGCAAUCAUGCCAGACCGGCGGGAAUUGCAUGUCUCCUACUCUGUCUUGCUGGUGGAGCCAUUUACCAGCAAGCACCUAUGCGAACAAACACUAACAAACACUACAAACUAUCACCCACUGGCGAUAGAGACGACACUGGCAACCACACUCAACAACCAGAUGCAGCAUUAGAUAUCGAAGCAUCCAACGAGGAUGUGCCAGGAACCACCGAAAGUAAGGAACAUCACCGAACCCCAAAAACAUUGUAA